GUGUCUCCGGUGCAGCUUUGCCGCGGAGAGAGCGGGUCGGGCGCGCGUGUGUCGGGUCUGCUGUUACCUCGGGCGAGGCGUCACAUCCCCGGCCCCUUCGGGGACGUGUUCAUUGCCGGGACGUUUGGGACCCUUCAGCCGCUACUGUUCCGUCAGAGGAAGUGGAAAUCCUAAGUGAAAACCCGAUCUCUUUAAUGCAAAGGUCUUUCCAAAUCCCCGCAGAUGUGCACGGCAUGCAAAUUUGGUUUUGGUCUAGAAUAAAUCAUAUUUGAGAGUGAAUUUGGGACACGCCAGAACAGUCUCAGAAACAUUGACAUAGGAGAGCCUGGUCGCCAAGGGAAAACCAGGUGGUAUAGGAUUAACUGCACUGCAGUCGAUAAAGAAUCCUCAACAUCUGUGUCAGAAUGUGACUGUGCUUCAUCGCCUGUCUAGGGACAGCCACAAACUGUUCCGUCUGUCCCAGCAUGUAGCAUAAUAGAAAAAAAAAUCCACUAGUAUAUUGUGAUACAUUGGACAUGCUUCCUGCAUCCGAAGUCAAUGGAUGAUGUUGAGAUCUCUUUGUUCAAUUGGAAAAGCAGAUUACUCUUUACAUCAGUAGAAAUGGACAGCAGCAGUUUCAUUCAGUUUGAUGUGCCAGAGUACAGCAACACUGUUCUGAGCCAGCUAAACGAACUCCGCUUGCAAGGGAAGCUCUGUGACAUAAUUGUGCACAUCCAGGGGCAACCGUUCCGCGCCCACAAGGCUGUGUUAGCUGCCAGCUCUCCAUAUUUCCGUGACCAUUCAGCAUUGAGCACCAUGAGUGGCUUAUCCAUAUCAGUAAUUAAAAAUCCCAAUGUUUUUGAACAGUUGCUUUCUUUCUGUUACACUGGAAGGAUGUCUUUGCAGCUGAAGGACGUUGUCAGCUUUCUGACUGCAGCCAGCUUCCUGCAGAUGCAGUGUGUCAUUGACAAGUGCACGCAGAUCCUGGAGAGUAUCCAUUCAAAGAUCACUGUUGGCGAUGUUGAUUCUGUCACUGUUGGUGCUGAAGAAAAUUCAGAGAAUCGCAAUGGCGUUAAAGACAGCAGCUACUUUGCCAACCCUAUUGAGAUCUCUCCUCCCUAUUGCUCUCAGGUGCGACAGCCAACAGCAGGCAGCGAUCUGCGGAUGGAAACUACUCCAGGCAAAACUCUACGGAGUCGUCUGCAAGAAGAAGGACAUUCAGACCGAGGGAGCAGUGGGAGUAUCUCUGAAUAUGAGAUUCAGAUUGAAGGUGAUCAUGAGCAAGGAGACCUGAUAGUAAGGGAAAGUCAGAUUGCAGAGGUGAAAGUUAAAAUGGAGAAGUCUGACAGGCCAAGCUGCUCUGACAGCUCUUCCCUCGGGGAUGAUGGAUAUCACACUGAAAUGGUGGACGGAGAGCAGGUGGUGGCAGUAAAUGUUGGUUCCUAUGGGUCUGUCUUACAACAUGUUUAUUCAUUUACCCAUGCCUCAUCCCAGGCUACAGGUGUGUCAGAAACCUUUGGGAGCCUGAGCAAUACAAGUCCUUCAAGGUCAAUGCUGAGCUGUUUCAGAGGGGGUCGUGCACGCCAAAAACGAGUACCUACAGGUCACUUGCAUAGUGAUGUCCAGGGCUUGGUGCAAGGGGCUGACAGUGAAUCCAUGGUGAGUAAUCCAGGAUAUGAAAAUAGUCCACAGGAAAGAAAUGCAAGAGGUCACUGGUAUCCAUACAAUGAAAGGCUAAUUUGUAUUUACUGUGGGAAGUCUUUCAACCAGAAAGGGAGCCUUGAUCGACACAUGCGAUUGCACAUGGGAAUAACUCCUUUUGUGUGCAAGUUUUGUGGAAAGAAAUACACCCGUAAGGACCAACUUGAGUAUCAUAUUCGUGGUCACACAGAUGACAAACCCUUUCGCUGUGAGAUCUGUGGCAAAUGCUUUCCUUUCCAGGGUACACUAAACCAGCACUUGCGAAAAAAUCACCCUGGGGUAACAGAAGUGAGAAACAGGGUCGAGUCUCCAGACAGAACAGAAGCAUUUGUGGAACAGAAAGUAGAUAAUGAUGCUUCAGCUUCUGAAGCCAUGGAUUCUAGUAUGGAAAUUCAUGCAAUGUCUAACACAUCUGAUUAAAAUACUACAUUUUAAGUGCAACACAGACAAGCACACUACUAGUGUAUUUUUAAAGUAUUUUAUUCUUUUAGUAAUCUUCAGUACAAAUGUAACAGCCUUUUAAUUUUCCUGACCUUCUGGAAAUCAGUUAGAAAUGGUUUCUGGAGAGGACUACACAAGUAUUCUUUGUUUUUGAAGGAGGCUGAGUUGUUUGGGGUUUGUUUUCUACUUUUGGAGAUGCUCAGAACAUAAAGACUGUGCUGGGGAAAAGAUAGGAAGAGUCUGCUGAAGUGUCCCUAUUGAUUGAUCUGGCGAGACACAAACUCCAGUGGAGAAAGAUAUUAGAAUAAGGUUGGCAGCUCUGCUGGAUGCUCCAAGAAGCUGUAAGUUCCCUUAUUUUCUGAAAUCCUCUUGCUGGUAAUGAGUUACACAGCAGUGGGGAGAAAGAAUAUCAUAGCUUUGAUUCUUGUGUCACAAUGAAAUCUAUUCUUACUAACUGGUUUUGGUAGUGAGUCUGUUUAUAUAUAUAAAUCUGCUUUAUAUAUAUAAAAUGUUUUCACUUUUCCUAUUCUGGUUGAGGUGAAUGUAAAAGUAUGGCAAGGCUGAUACCAUAUACCACUCUUUCAACUGCUAGGACUCCUCUCUGCUUAGGGUUUAGGACUUUGGACUUUAGGAGGAUGGUUUUGGUUUUAAAUGAAUGUUGUUUGGUUUUCAUUUUAUUAAACUAUUACUUUGUGUGCAAAAGUGAGCAAAGUGAAUUACCUUGUUUUAAUAGCUUUGCUUUAUAACAUAUGUAAACCAAAUGCCAUAAAUCUAUUAAAUUAUGGUUAAACUGUUGAGGGGUUUUGUUAGUUGUCUAGAAUGCAAGCUGGACAACCUGUGGUGCUGACCUUUUUAUAUAUAUAGAGAUAGAUAUAUCUAUAUAUAUAUAUAUAUAUAUAUAUAAAAAUAUUAGCAAACCUAAAAGUAGCAUUGUGGUUUUAAAUGUGUUUUGGCUGGCCUCAGAAUCUACCUUCAUUUCGUACUGUAGAACCAUACCAGGUAAUUAAAUUUAACUUCAUCACUCUUCAUGGUUGGUUAAAACCAGAGAGAGAUGUAGUUUCUACCACAGUAUUUCCAAGCAGUAUUUUAAUAGGUCUCUUCACAGAGAACCGUUUUCAGGUGCACGUUGACUUCCUACUUAAAGCUCCAAGUGAUAUGCCAGCACUUGGAAUUUGUACUUUUUUUGUAUAAAAAAACAAAUACUCUAUGGGAAUAUUGAGCAAUAUGUCUGUUAUUUCAUGUGUGAGUAUUACAGAGUUGCUAUGGCUUCUCUGCUAUUUUCAGUGGUUGUUUUCUGCAUAAAGGAGCUACCAACAACUUUAAAAAUACUCUAAAUCUUUUUGUUUCACCAAAUAUAUGUUUUUAAAAUGGUGCUAACUUCAUCAUUUAGGUCAGUAUAAUAUAUAAAAUGUGAAACAUAAUAGUAACAGUUAAGAAAAAAAAAAAUUCCCUAACAAUAAACAAACAAAAGCCCCCACCCUACGCAAACCACCCCCUAAAAAAACCCCAAAGCCAAUAACAAACAAACAACAACAACAAACCCCCCAAAAAUACCACAAAAAAAUCAAUAGCUUAAGAGACCUCAAAAGCAUGGACUGGCAAACACUACUGUGUAACAUUCUACCUGAAUUCUACCUGAUGAACAGAAUUAAUCGUUAAAUUAAUCACAUAAUUCUUUAAAAUACAGGUUUUGUAUUAUUGGGUCUUAUGUUUGUUUAGCUGAUAUUGAAAAUACGUCUGUGAACAUGCUGUUUAACUCCUGAAAUUUAGAAAAUAAAAGCUUUUCUAAAUUACGGGAAAACAAAAAGGUAGGUUUGCUAUGUUGUACAGCUUUUUGGCCCCUGUGAAGUUAGGGCAUAUUUGUGCAGUAGCUUUAUUAAAUACACUAGUUCUUAAUAUUGUGGCAGUCUGCAAUAAGAAUUAAUUUCAUAAAACGUGGAUUUACAGUAUAACCCCCACCUGCUCCAUUGGAGCAGUUUCAGUUAAAUUGGGUACAUCAUUUGCCUCUUUGUCCCAAAACUGCCUAAAUAAAGAGGCAGAGGGUGGGGAGAUGUUUCUCUCCUUGAAGCAACAACAGAACUUUUGUUUCCAGUAAGGGAAGGGAUAGUCUGUGUCUAGGGCAGGUAGUCUGUAUGUUUACCCACCCAACAACAUGUUGCUGUUUCUGAUAUAGUUUUUUCCCUAAGUGUAUGUUUUAAGCAAUUAAAUGUAAAAAAA